AUGUCGUUGGAAAUUGCCGCUGAUAAGGGCAAAACCGUGCUUGCCUUGGCCAACAAUGUCAAACUUGCUGUUGCCGCCGCUGCUUUUGCUGCUGCAGAGCCCGAAAUCUCCGAGUUCUCAUCUCUUAAACUCACACUGAAAAACUCCUCGUUCGAGCUCCUGGAACCCAAUGCCAUCGUGAAAUACUUGGCUCUGGACUUUGCUGCCAGUCCUGUUUACGCUGUCGAAGAAUCUUCCGUAUAUGCUGCUCUUAAGAGUGGCCAGAAGGAGAAGGCUGUUUCUGCUCUUCAAGAGAUCAAAACCCCAGAGAACGUAGACCUCUCUGCCGCAAACAUUGUUCUUUUCGGUGCCUCAUACACAUACGCUGCGGAGCUUCCAAACCUCGCUUCCUGGAUCAAGGAAUUCGCUUCCAAGCCAGAGGUCGCCAAGGGUGUAGAGGUUGCACAGAAACUCACUGUUUUGGAGCGUACCAUGCCCAAGGGAACCGGCGAGACUCAUGUCAAGAGCGGCUUUUUAGUCAAGAAGACCGACGAGAGCAUUCUUCCUAAGGAGAACGAGAGAAACAUCUUGAUCACCUCUGCUUUGCCUUACGUUAACAACGUCCCCCACUUGGGUAACAUCAUCGGUUCCGUUUUGUCCGCCGACAUCUAUGCCAGAUACGCCAAGAACAGAAACUACAAUGCUUUGUUUGUCUGUGGUACUGACGAGUACGGUACCGCCACCGAAACCAAGGCUUUGGAGGAGAAAGUCACUCCACAACAAUUGUGUGACAAGUACCACAAAGUGCAUAAGGAGGUUUACGACUGGUUUGGCAUCGGCUUUGACUACUUCGGCAGAACCACCACUCCAUUGCAGACCGAGAUUGCUCAGGACAUCUUCAUGAAGUUGCACGACAACGGCUACUUGGAGGAGAAAACGACCGAGCAAUUGUACUGUGAGGUUCACAAUGCCUUCCUUGCCGACAGAUUCGUCGAGGGUACCUGUCCAAAGUGUGCUUACGAGGAUGCCAGAGGUGACCAGUGUGACAAGUGUGGUAACUUGUUGAACCCAUUGGAGUUGAUCAAUCCUCGCUGUAAGCUCGACAACGCUAAGCCCGUGCCAAAGAACUCUACCCACGUCUACCUCAAGUUGAACGACUUGGAGCCAGAGUUGAAGGAGUGGGUCUUGAAGGCUUCUGAGGAAGGUAACUGGUCUAAAAACUCCAAGACCAUCACUAACUCGUGGUUGAAGCAGGGCUUGGAGCCAAGAGGUAUCACCAGAGACCUCGUGUGGGGUACCCCAGUUCCUUUGGAGAAAUUCAAGGACAAGGUGUUGUACGUGUGGUUCGAUGCUACCAUUGGAUAUGUUUCUAUUACUGCUAACUACUUCAAGGAGAGAGGCAUCACUGAUGCCUGGACCAAGUGGUGGAAGAACCCAGAGAACGUUGACUUGUACCAGUUCAUGGGUAAGGACAAUGUUCCAUUCCACACUGUUGUGUUCCCAGCCACUCAGAUUGGUACCAGAUACGACUGGACCAAGUUGCAUCACUUGAACACCACCGAGUACUUGCAGUACGAGGAUGGUAAGUUCUCUAAGUCCAGAGGUGUCGGUGUGUUCGGUAACAAUGCCAAAGACACCGGUAUCUCUUCUUCUGUGUGGAGAUACUACUUGGCUUCGGUCAGACCAGAGACCUCCGACUCCCACUUCUCAUGGAAGGAGUUUGUCACCAAGAACAACUCUGAGCUUUUAGCCAACUUGGGUAACUUCGUCAACCGUUUGGUCAAGUUUGCCAUUGCCAAAUACAACGGUGUCGUGCCACAAUAUGUUGCUUCCAACAUCCCAGCCUACGAGAGCUUCGAGCAGGAUGUCAACGCUUUGUUGAAGUCCUACAUCGAGGCCAUGGAGGCUGUCAACUUGAGAAAGGGUUUGGAGAUCGCCAUGGCUAUUUCUUCCAGAGGUAACCAAUUCUUGCAAGACAACAAGUUGGACAACUCUCUUUUCACCAACAGCCCAGACGUUUCCGAUGCUGUUGUGGGUGUGGGUCUCAACUUGAUCUACUUGGUUUCGGCCGUGAUUUCUCCCUUCAUGCCCGAGACCCGUGACCAGAUCUCCGAGAUCUUGAACGCUCCCGCCUUGUCUAUCACUGACAAGUUUGAGCUUGUUUUGGAGCCCGGCCACAACAUUGGCAAGGCACAAUACUUGUUCAAGAGAAUUGACGAGAAGAAGAUCGAUGAGUGGAAGGCAUUGUACGGUGGUAAACAGCAAAAGUAG